AUGUUCCGCAACGUGGACCUGGUGUCGGAUGCGACAAUCAACUCUGCCCGUGUCGUCUUCACGGUGGAGAGCACCGGCGGCUGCUGCGACGAACCCUUCGAGAUCACGGCGAAGAUGGCGUUGAACCCAUCCACCCUGAAUGUGACGAGUCUUACGGCACCAGAAGCCUUGAACAUCUACGAGAAUGCAUCCACGAAUGCCAGCGUGACCUACGCGCCUGAUCUCCACACCGUCAUGGGUGCCGAGGUCAGCACUCCGGACGUAUCCGCACCUCUGAGGGAGGUCCUUGCUCAGAGCAGCUGGGGCAACUGGGUGCUGGUCAUGAUUGGCGACAGCAACUCUACCCGUGGACCGGCGAGCCGGGAGUAUGUGCCUUUCGACGGAGCGCAGCCCGCGCAGGCCGCCAAGUUGGUUGUCGGAACUUGCCAGAUCCCUCAGGGGAGCACGUCUAAUGCAAUCCCGAGGAGGUCGUUGGGCCUGUUGCUCUUUUCGUUUGUGAGCUUUUUUGGCAGUGUGAUAUAA